UCCUAAAAUGAAUACUAGUUUGCUUUAGUUAUUUAACAAACACAGAACACAAAAAAAAAAAAUAAAUAAAAAUCAAUAAAUAAAAAGAAAAAAAAAAUGGCCUCAAUAAUACAAGCACCGCCGCAGGGCGUUGAGCAAGCAGUGCCCGUCUGGAUGAAAAUUGACUGGAGCCCGGAAAUAGAGCAAGGCAUUUACAAGGAUUGGGGAUCUUAUUACUGCCGUCGGCGCAGGGAAAAUCUUGGCAUUCACUAUUAUGGCAAGGCACUGAACCUUGCACCAAAUGAUUGGAUGACCCUUUAUAACCGGAGUCAAAGCAAACGCAAGAAUGCCCUGACCGAAAGUGCCCUGAAGGAUAGCUUAGAGGCCCAACGCUUAUUGAAAACACUAGGUCGUGAUAAUGCACCUAUUAAUUUGGAAAUUUGCGAUGCGCUCUAUGAAAUGAAUAAGCUAGAGAACUCAAAAGCAGAGCUUCACGACAAUGCACGUCUUUUUGGAGGAAAUAAGUCAAAGAUGUUUGAAAAACGGCUUAUUUUGGUCGAUGCAAAUAUUGAAGACGCAUGCGACCAAUCGAUGACUCAUUUUAUUUCUGAAAAUGAAAAGCUUAUAGUGCAGUUGGCGGUAGCCCGGAAUAACUUUAAAAAAGAUGAAAGACCUCUUUGGAAGAUACUGAAGGAACUAGGGGAAUGCGACGUCUUGAGUAUUCCGGAGAUCAAAGAAGUUAUUCUGUCUCCCCUUGAAAUCGCUAGGAGAAGCCGUGCCUUCGAUGUGUCUAAUCAGAUGUUCCUAGAUAGGUCAUGGAUCGAUGUAAUAUUCCUGAAACACCUUCAAAAAAAUCCUAAUUUGCUUUUGGAUCAAUGCAAAAACAGCAAACAUUUUCUACGUGCACUAACCAUAAAAAAAUAUGACGAAAUCAAAAAGUUUAUGAAAAUGCUGCAAGCUCGAGCUCCAAUGUACCAUCUCCGCUACCAAAAGUUUACCAACAAGAAAUUAAUGGACAAAUUUCGGGAGGACUACCUUUACAGAGUUCAGUACCAGACUCGUCGAAAUAUGAUCUCAGUUCUAAGAAGUAUUGGAUACCUCCGGAGAACCAAAAAUAUUUCAAAACUGUCUAGUUAUGUGGAGGAAGUGAUGGGAGACUAUGUAGUAAAAAAAACCAACAGGACCAUGCCGUGGAAAUUUGAAUUUCUAAACGAGGUGUACAAUACAUUAGCACUGGCUCUUGUGGAUCAGUAUCGAAUUCCGAAGAACUUUCGUGCUUUUGAUAAGAAUGCUCUGCUUACCCUUCUGAACUUUCAAACGGAAAGGUCAUUAGAUUCACCAACUUUCGUAUUUGGCGAUCGCACAACGCAUCAGGAUACAGAAUCCUCAGAUCCGAGCAUGCUAAAAUCACGAUUAUUAAUAAACCGCUACGAGAAGCGUAUGGUGUUUGCAAAAUACCCCAUUGAAAAAUGCUAUUUACUUCACCAAAUUGCCAGCGCGCACCUUAAAUCAAAUCGAUACGAUGAGUGCUGCUUCAGUGCCCGCAAGGCUAUCCAAGAGGGGAAAAACUGUAAUAGCAACAUAUGGCACUUCCUCAGCACCCUUGUAAUCGUUAAGGCCAAUGCUUCUCUACACAAACUCGAACAGACCAGAGAGGCCCUUGCAAACGCACAAAAACUUGCCAUUACAUUGGGAAACAAUGACCUUAUACUUUUUUUAAAUGCCUGUUUGAGCUGUAACGAGGAGGAUUUUAUCACAAAAAAACAAAGUGUUAGUACAAGUUUAAGUCGCCGGGAUUCAAUGUCAGUGCGUGAUUCUUUGUUAUAAAAAAAGUAAUUACUC